AUGUCCGUCUGUUCGAGUGCCUCCACCUCUUCGUUGUCCUCCAUUUUGGUUUCGGACGGCGCUCCAGCGACUCAUUCCAAUAACCAUGUUCGAUUUACUAUCCCAAAAUUCUCGGAGCAUGUUUCGUUCAAGAGAGACUUCUUCAGAGAGCCUUCGACCUCAAAUUCUCAGCCUAUCAAGGCGAAAAAGGUAAGAUAUUAUAAUAAUUUAUAUUGUACUUGACUUCUUUUGAUGAGAAAUCUAAAAUUUUGCAAUCUACUGUUAAAAUCACUCUGCUUUUUACUAAUUUUUGUUAUUUUCAGAAUCCUAAAGCUCCAAUGGACGAAUUGGAAAUGCUAAGAAAUGGCUACAAAAACCAACACGGCCAUCUUGUGCACAGUGACAGCGAUGAUGACUUUGUCGAAACUUACAGAAGGAUUCUUGUCUAA